AUGAACGAUCUAAUCUAUAUUCCAACUACCACUUUACCAAAAUUCAAUGUCGAUCCAUUAAGAAGAGAUUGGAAUGAUUUUCAACAUAAUUCAUCACAAGGUCGUUAUAUUGUACCAAGAACAUUUUCCGAAUAUCGACCUCAACGAUAUAGAUUAACAGCAGUGAAAAAACAAUUAUAUAAUCCAAAAGUACCAUCUAUUCGACAUAUGGAACGUGAUGAAGUUCUAUGUCGUUUACCAGAAGAACAUUGCCGUCAUACUAGUACAUAUACUGAAGAACAAUUUGAAAAUUGGGAUCCAACUAAAGAUGGUACAUUUGUUGAAUUUACUGGAUUAGGCGUUAGUCAAGCAGGUAAAACAUUAUUAGGAGAAAAUGAUAAUUUGCCAGAACAACGUGAACCAUGGACAGCAUUUGGUCAUAGAUUACGAGCAGACAAAUCGCAAAGAGAUGCACAAUCAGCUACUACAGCUUAUCGAAGUUCAUCAUUGACACAUUUACCAUCUACAUCAUCAAUAAAUAAACCAAUCAAUUAUAGUUAUCGUAAUUAUGGUAGGGGUACAUAUGAUACAAGUACUAAACAUACAAUGUGGCCAAGAUAUCAUAUGAAUACAAAAAAUAGUUUUGAUUCAAUUAAUCGUUUACCUAUGCCAAGUAAUAUGCAGAAUGUUUUUCGUUCAGCAUCUAUGUAUAAUGGCGUUUACAAUACUCCUUGGAAAUAA